UUUGUGUGUGUGUGUUUUCCGUUUCUCAACGAGAUGUGAGCGAGCGGGGCUGCUAGCAGCAGUCCGUUUAAUAGAGGAGUUAUCUAGUUACAUGUUUUGCACACCGGAGAGAAUGUGUUAUGCGUUAGCUACCCUUGUUAACUAGUUAUCUAGCUAGCUAGCUAACCUAGUUUAUUUCAGGUUAGCUAAAUCUAUACAGAACAAGCGAGCGAGCGACUGGUCUCGGUAACGGUGUCCGUUAAAGGGAGGACGAGGAGCAGGAUGGAGUGAAGGAGAAAAGAGAAGGAAACGAGAGGAAGGAACACUGGAAAAACUGAAAAAUCUUCGGAGGAGAGAAAUUAAACCUUUAGCCCUGUUGGUCAUUGAUUUUUCGAGUCUAGCUAACUAGCUAUGUUUAUCUCGAAUUUCUCCAUCCUAAAACGAGCAAGUUCUGGGUUUGGCUAUUGGGGUUCUUUGAAGAAAAAUUGUUAACGCUAGCUAGCUAACCUAGGUUUAACUUUACAUUAGUAAAAUACGUUUUAUAGUGAAGAAGAAACCUUAAAAACUUGUAUAAGUUACAUGAGCGUAUUCUAUUUAUUACUCUCUUUAUUUGUUUUUGAUUGUUCUUUUUUCUUUAGAACUGAAGUAAGCUAGCUAACGUUAGGUAUCUAACGUUAGCUAAGUUAACCCAGCUAGCUAGUUGGUUAGCUAGCGAUAGUUUACUAACCUAACGAGUUAGCUAGCUAGCUUCCUUGAUAUGCUAAGCUAGCUAGUUAACUGUGUGUUUCUCUUAUUUUGACUCAAAUGAGGAAGGAUAAAAUCUACUCUGCUUUACAGCAGCUCUUUUACUGAGCAACUGAACAUUUUUCAACACCGUAUUUUAACUUUUAAAUCUUAAUAAUAGUCUUUUCUAAUUAUCUAUGCUUACUUAAAUGUCUAUUCUUAAAUGGAAAUGCUUCCAGUCUCAUAUUAACUUAUUUUGUAAAGGCUUAAAAUCUUUAGGUGACUAAGCGCCUCUGUUCCCUAAAAAUGCGGGUUACAUGUUUUACAAUACUGUGAAUUGUGAAGGGCUGGGCGAUAUGAUAAAUAUAUUGUAUCACGAUAUUUAAAGGCAUUUUCAUAAUACAAAAUAUAUAUUGUGAUAUUAUUUAAUUAAUUAAAGUUUGCUGCACUCCCUCCCUUCUGCAGAAUUUUUCAUGAAAUUUGGAAAUGAGCCAUUUUAGGCAGAACUUUUGAGGUGCCUUGCCAUCCAGCGGACUUAUAUGUCACAGGACUUUUGCAAAAGAUCUGGUGGACUCUAGUUACUAAAGUAAAACUUGCUCCAUCAUGCGCCUCUCCUCUUUUCUGGCUGUUUUCCGCCCUGCUCUGCCCCUCAUCCUGGGACUUUCUCUGGGCUGUAGUCUCAGUCUGCUCAUGGUGUCAUGGACACAGGAUCCAGAUGAGGCCUGCAGUGAAGAACUGGUGAAUGGAGGUCUGCUCCGGGGCAGUCAUAUUGUAGAGCCUAAGGGGGGCAAUGAAGGGGAUGGGAAUGAAGACUUCCAGCCACGCAUUGUACCCUAUCAUAAAGAUCCCAGCAAGCCACAUAAGAAAGUACUCAGGACUCGUUAUAUCCACACAGAACUUGGCAUCCGAGAGCGUCUCUUGGUGGGCAUCCUGAGCUCACGCACCACCCUCGGCACAUUGGGCGUAGCAGUGAACCGCACAGUGGCACAUCGCUUUCACCGAACCUUCUUCUUCACCGGCCUCCGAAGCGCUAAGGUGCCUCAUGGGAUGAUUGUGGUCGCUCACGGUGACGACCGUCCGGUCUGGCUGAUGUACGAGACGAUACGUCACCUUCAUCAGCACCACGGCAACGAGUACGACUGGUUCUACCUGGCGCAGGAUGAUACGUACACUCAAGCAGAGCGGGUAAUGGACCUUGUGGGACACUUAAGUGCAGGGCAGGAUCUCUAUAUGGGGCGUGCAGAAGAGUUUAUUGGUGGAGAGGAGCGUGCUCGUUAUUGCCACGGUGGAUAUGGCUACCUGCUCUCUCGUAGUCUUCUCGCCCGGCUGCAGCCCCACCUGGACUCCUGCCGCAACGACAUUCUCAGCGUCAGACCUGACGAGUGGCUCGGUCGCUGCAUCAUUGAUUACUUGGGUCUGAGCUGUGUGGAAAAGCAUCAGGAAAUGACCUACCGUUACUUUGAGCUGCAGAAAAAUGCUGACCCUGAGCGUGAAGACAGCUCCCAAUUCAAGAACGCUUUCACCGUGCACCCCGUCUCAGAGCCAACACUCAUGUACCGCCUGCACAAACGCUACAGCCAGAUUGAACUGGACUGGACCUACGCUCAAAUACAGCAGCUGCAGGUUCAAAUCAGUAACCUGAGUGAACUCACUCCAGAGGGCAAAGCUGGUGCCACCUGGCCCAUUGGCGUCAACCCUCCCUUCCGACCCAAGACGCGCUUUGAGGUGAUCAACUGGGAAUACUUCACUGAAGAUCACAUCUAUUCGUGUGCAGACAGUUCGCCCAAAUGUGAGCUCCACGGUGCAGACCGUGCGGAUGUCAGCUCCAUCCUGGAGACGGCUGUGGAGCACCUUAACGAGCGCUACCAACCCCAGCUGCGCUUCCGUAAGCAGAGGCUGCUGAACGGCUACCGUCGCUUCGACCCCACGCGAGGGAUGGAGUACAUGCUGGACUUGGCCCUGGAGGCCUUCACCCAGAAGGGUCACAGUCAGGUCAUUGCCAAGCGGGUGGGCCUGCUGAGGCCUCUCAGUGCCAUCGAGAUCAUUCCCAUGCCUUAUGUGACCGAAGCUACAAGGGUGCAGGUCAUCCUUCCAGUGACUGUCCGUGACCAGGACUUUGUGGGCAACUUCUUGGACACGUACGUCAUGAACGCCUUGGACACUCGAGACAAUGCUCUGCUGACGUUCCUGUUUGUGUACGACCCCUUUGAUGCGCAGAGGGUCAGCCAGACGGACGUCUUUGCUGGAGUCAAGGCCAUGAUCGGCGAGGUGGAGAAGCGCUACAGCGACGUGAAGAUCCCAUGGAUUAGCGUCAAAACUGAGGUACCUUCCCAAGUCAAGCUGAUGGACAUCAUCUCUAAGAAGCAUCCAGUGGAUACCUUGUUCUUUCUGGCCAGCGUUUGGACAGAGGUGAACGCUGACUUCUUGAACCGCUGCCGGAUGAACGCCAUCAGCAACUGGCAGGUCUUCUUUCCUAUUCACUUCCAGGAGUACAGCCCUGCUCUUGUGUACCGUGACCAGCAACCUUCAGCCGCAUCGUCCUUUUCUUCGGAUUCUUUGCGCGAUGGCCGCUUUGACCGCCAUGUCUUCGAGGAGGCCUGUUUUUACAACGCAGACUACAUGGCUGCCCGCACCAAGAUGGCGGCUGACAUCUUGGACAACGAUGAGAUGCUGGAGAGCAUGGACGUGUAUGAGAUUUUCGUACGCUAUUCGGGCUUGCAUGUGUUCCGGGCGGUGGAGCCGGCUCUGGUGCAGAAGUAUGUCCGACGAGCCUGUAACCCUCGGUUCAGUGAAGAUAUUUACCAUCGCUGUGUGCUGAGUAAUCUAGAGGGGCUGGCCUCUCGAUCACACCUGGCCAUGGCACUGUUCGAACAAGAGCAGGCCAACAGCACCUAAGAACCUGUUCUGGAAACUGUUACAAUAAAUUACAAUUCUUCUGCAAACAAACUGGCUCUCCUGGACCUCACUGAAUAAGCCAGAAUGUAGAAUAGGAGACAGUAAAUACAGGAAGUUCCCCAACACGAAGAGUUUUGGUUCUUACCUAAAGUGAGCAUGACUGGAUGGAGCUAAGUGCUAAUUUAGCAAUCUCAGAGACUUACUGACUCACUCUCAUUGACAUUAACAUUAACCGACUUAAGUCAAAACUGUGUACAUGACUACUUCACCUGGAUGUAGCAGACUGGACUGGGUAGUUGCAUUCUCUGUUACCUGAACUGAAUUCUUCUCAAUGGUUCUCAAGAAAGAAAAGGAAAGCAAUUUAUUUGACUUAUAGUUCAAACUUAAUUUUUAUGUCCAUAAAAUUAAUUAAGGUAGAUUCAGGUAUUUUGGGGCCCUCAAUUUUUUUUAGAUCUUUAUUCAAAUUAUUUUGAAAUGAGCAAAAGAAAAACUCAAUUGUGUUUUCAUCUCAUACUGUCCAGCCAGUGUCCCAAUUUCCCCGACUCUAUCCAUCCUUCUGUUGCAGAAUUAUAAUUAUAAUGUUAUGCUAUGCAAGUACAUUGUUACACUAAAUUUGGUUUCAUGCAGUUACCCUGUGGAUAUUAGAGGAGUAUCUACACUUUACUAGCAUAAUGCUUACACUAAAUUCUAAAUCAAAUAAGAAUAAGAAAAUUUGGCUUAAAAUAUAUAAAUUUAAAUGAUUGGUGCCUAAACACAAUCCUCUUGUUGUGUUUAGUAGGAGAGAACGGGGCACAACCUACCUCUUCUUUAGUGUUUUUUUUUUUUUUUUUUUUUUUUUUUUUCGUUUUUGCAAAAUCAUUUUAAAUUUAUUUGAGCAAGGUUAAUAAUAGUUUUUAUUUUAUUAGUGACCUGCACAUCUCUACCACAAAUAAAAAUAUGGUAUAGUUAUCAGCAACAAAUGUUGCCGGCUCAUCGGCCAGUUCAGCAGUAAGUAAAAUAUUUAUCACUUACUUUGUUACUCAAUAGAUUGGGUAAGUUGGAGUUAACUGUUACAGGCUUUUACUAUAAAUCAACAAAAUCUGUUAAAUUAAUACAAACACAGUUAAUUAAGUACAGUUGUGUGGGGCUCUGUCGAAUAUGACAUUUGAACAUUUAUUAUGACAAAAAAAAUCUAAAUUAUUUCUCUUUUUUGUGACUUUUUACUUUAAUUUGGCUGCAUUUACAAUUUAAACAUCUUACAUUUCAUCCACUAUAUUAUUUGAAAUCUUUCAUAACUUUUCCCAGCCUACGAGAAUCUAAUCCUGGAGAACCAAAACUUGUACAUAGUGCAACAAAAAGCACUUGUGUGAUUGGCUUCAGUCAAAAGUGACUGACAUGUCUUCCGCUGUAAUUAGAGUCUGGGGAGCUUUUACGCUAAUAUUGGUAAAAUAACCCCAUAGUAUGUAAUUUGUACUGUAAAGACCUGGCUAGUGCUCACUGAGUUGUUUACAUGUUUAAAAAAGGGUAUAUGUUACAGCAACCAAGAGUAAUACAAGUGAAUUCUGACCUAUACCUAAAGCUCAUUCUGCUGAAACCUGAACUACAUGGAACAGAUGUUACAUUUUUACACUGUGUUUUUCUUUGUGCCCCGGUCACCCCUACUUUAAACUGGACCAUUUAAAGCAAAAGGUCAUCCUGAGAUGUGGAUAUUAUCCAAGCAGUCAGAAUUCAAAACUAAAAUCUUAUUAAACUCUGAAUAUGUUAACAGUUUACUGUAUUCUUACACAGAGUACUUGAAUAUACAGCCCUCAGGCGUCAGCUUGUUGCUGCCCACAUGUUGCAUUUACACACAUAACUCAUUAAAAAUCAUGAGGGACAUGUGAACAAGGAGAAGAACUAAAUGUAGUGAACUCUGACCUUAAAUGGACUCUUCAACAUUUUGGCAAUACAAAAUAUAAUACACACUGAGUGGAGAAAAGCAUUAGGACACAUAUUAGGCUCAUUCAGUGUUUCUUCUAAAACAAAAGUACAAUAUCCUGUUUUAUUGUCAUUAUUCCUGUUGUGGCUCUUCUGUUCAGAAAAGGGUUUUAUGCUGGAUUUCAGAUCCUUGCUGUGAGGAUUUGGUUGUAUUGAGCAACUUGAGUGUUAGUUAGGUUGUUGUUGUAUUGAUGAGAUGAUGCACCAUCCACCAUUCCAGAGAGUAUACCCCUCUAGCCCACACAAUUAUUAGCAAUACAUAAGUGCAUACCCAUUUUACCCCUUCGCCCAACCAGUUACCCUAUCCCUCUGUUUUACCCCUUCAUAUCUAGAGGUAGGGUGUCCCGAUUCUUGUUAGGCUGUAGAGGACUUAAUGACUCUUCAAACUGAGAUUUUCUUUUUAAAUGCUGGUAUAUAGGAUUAUGAGAAUCACUGGCAAGUUUAAAUAUUUUCCUGCUUAAAAUUGUGAUAACUGCUAUAUUACCCAGGUUUCUUCAUAACAUAAAAAAAAAUCAUUAGUAGAUCGUCUCAGUAGCUAGCUAUGUAGCUAACUUACUCACUCCACCUUAAAUGGUGCAACAGUUGGCAGAGUCUGCAGCAUUUAAGGUGGAACAGAAAAAUAAAAUAAAAGCUCAUUUCAGCUUCCCAUUACAGAGGAAUUAAGAAAUGGACAAUAGGGGUGGGCGAUAUGGCUCUAAAAUGGUAUUUUCACGAUAACGAUACUUUUGGCGAUGUGACAAAACACUGAAUUAGAAAAAAUAUUUUGAAUUGUAUUAUUGCAUGAUAAUAUGAUAUGGCUAACUGAGAUAUUAAAAAAAAAGAAUUUUAUCAGAUUUGUAACAAAAAUCAAUGAACCAGAAUGUUAUGAUUCUAAUAAUGCACUCCAAAUAUCUCCAAAUAUCCAGGAUUAAAGAUUUAAUCUUAUAGUUAACUCUGUUUCAAGGGGAAGGAUUACACUUGAAAAUAAGGGGUAGGGAUACAGAAGAGAAAUGGGAUUGAGCCUUAAUACUUAAUUACUAAUAAAACUUUGAAAAGAAGUGAAUGUACUUUGGGCAUAAAUAAUAUAAUAUAUACAUAUACAUUCAUUUUCUUGCCAUCCUGAGAUGUGAGAACUUCUUCUUUUACUGUGUGUAGGCGCAUUCCUUCCUUCAGCGCUCUGGAUAUUUGAGAGGGAAAGACUUAAAUCUUUGCUGUCAGAAAUUUGGAACACGUUUGUCAUAAACAUCGUACUUCAACAAUGAGCAUUUUGUAACCAAGAUGGAGACAUUUAGAGUUGUUUUCCUCCUCACAGUUGCUGUCACUGCCUGGAUUUAGGCAGUAAAAUUGCAGUCAGAAGGAAAGUCUAGCUCAGCCCUGUUGUAAGAGAAGUGCCUUGCUCAAGAUUUUAACGGCUCAGUGCGACUGUGUGACUACAGCUCACCAGUACAGAAUCACUCCCACUGUUUUAAAAGAGCUUUAGAUACAGAGCUGCUGACUGUAUUAGUGAACAAUGUACAGAGUAUUAAACAAUAUUACUUUCAUGUAUUCUAAAUAAAGUUUCUACCUAAAAGAUGCUCUUAUUGCCAAAAUGUUGAACUGCCUAUUUAAGCUUCAAAUGCACCUUGAGCCUUUUGCCUUUUUUUACAUACAUGAUUGUAUAAGGUUUGAAUAAAAUGUUUCGAUUGUACUGGUGUCAAUAAAAAAAUAUUGUUAAAUA